CCGGGGUUUCUCAUCUCAAGAAAAGAACCGGGGUUUCUCUACCUCGCCGUCGUAGCCGCCGCCAGCAUGGCUCUCGCUAUCCGGGCCCUCCGUCGCCGCCACCUCCCCCACCCUACCCGGCUCUCCACCUCCGCCUCGUCUCCUGACACCCGCGAGCUCCUCCGCAUAGAGCGCAUCCUACACAACCCCGCCGUCGCUGCCCAACCCCCGAAGCUCCAAGAACACCCACGAGCCGCCGCCGCCGCUGCCAGACUGCAGGACCUCCUUCACAGCACCGCCGGACUCACCGCUGCGGAGUCCGCCUCUCUCCUCCGCCGCCUCCCGGUUUUAGAUACCCAGCCCAGCCUGGCCCUCCUCCUCCAAGAACUCUCCGGCCUGGGCCUCCCAGGCCACGAGGUCAAGGCCGCCCUGGCGUCCGACCCGGACGGGCUCCUCGCCAUGGACCCCGGCGAGCCGUCCCGCCUCCUCGAGUUCCUGGCGGAGCUCCGUUGCCGGAAGGCGGUGAAAGAUCAGGUCCUCGCCCACGGCGUGCUCCGCGCUGCCGUCGCCACCCGGCGGCGGGUGGGACUCCUGCACGCGCGCGGGCUCAUCCGGCGGGACGCGCUGAGGGUGCUCGCCGCUGAGCCGCGGGCGUUGUUGUACUCCCCGGAGGACGUGGAGAGGAAGGUGGAGUUCUUGGUGAACACAAUGGGGUUCGAGGUUGGGUGGUUGGUUCAGUACCCGGAGUUCUUGGGGGUGAACCUCGACAACUGGAUCGUGCCGCGGCACAAUGUGGUGGAGCACUUGAGGUUAGUAGGCGGGCUCGGGGACCCUGUCGAGAUGAAGCAUUAUGUGAGGUUGAGUCGCCGGCGGUUCUACAACAUGUUUGUGAAGCCGUACCCGGAAUGCGAAAGGAUAUUUGGGGGGCUGGUCAGGGAGAGGGAGGAGAUGGUGAGGCGGGGGCAUCCGACGGGGCUCUGGAAGCUGUUUACACCUACGAGGCAUGAUACAACUCAGGAGGAUGUGAAGAACAUGAAGCUUCUUGUGGAAUCACUUCGUUAGAUUUUUUCCCCUUAUUGUUGUUUAUGUGCGGACUUGAUUUACCAUGCAAUAGGCCUGAGAGUGCCGCAAGGAAGUAAAGCAACUCCAACCUCAGAUGCAAAAACUCAGACUAUCCAUCUUGAGGAAUCUGAAUUUGUUCAGACUGGAAGUAUGGGAUUCGUGCUCAACGACUAUCCUGCUUAUGGCGCGAACAGCCGCCACUCAUCAUACCCUGGGGGCACCAGAUGAAUGGAAAAACAGAAGAAACCAGAGCCGAUUAACGUUGCUAAGUAAUUUUCUUCAGAAAUGCAUAUUAUGACGUUCACUACCAUAUGGGAGCUUAAUAGAUGGCAUCAGAUGAGUGCCAGUUGUCGUGGCAUGCGUGUAACAAAAAUCAUUCAAGUUUUUUUUAAUAUGUAUACUUAGCUGGUGCAAACAUAUCAAUUUUAGUGAGCUAAUAAUAUACCAAGAUGCAGAUGAUUUUUUUGUCUAAUUUAUGAAUCAGUGACCAAGUAUGUAAGGCAAAAUCCUUGCCAAAAAUUGGCCAUUGACGCAAACAUAUCGAUUCCAACCUUUGGUUCUCGCUUGUAAUCUUGUAACAGUCGUUGCUUUACUUCCUGUUACCACAAAGGCACAAAAAAGUAAUAAACUAACACAUAUAAUUGGUCA